UGAGUGUGCGCCUCUCUUUUUUGCACAGGUGCUCCGGCUCCUUGGGAAUAAUGGACGGGUCGGCAGAUGCACCUGGAGUCGUGGAAAGCGCUGACGUUGGGCUGCAGAAAGAGAGAGUGGUGACGGAAGAGGAAUGGCUGCAAAAAUGGGAAACGGGCAAAACUGGAUUUCACAAGGAGCAAGGGCAUCCGCUCCUACAGAAGUAUCUGGAUGUUCUUUUAAAUGGCCGGAGUGGACUGAGGAUAUUUUUCCCACUUUGUGGUAAAGCAGUAGAAAUGAAAUGGCUGGCGGACAUGGGGCACCGCGUCGUCGGUGCGGAGAUCAGCGAGCAAGCGCUGAAGGAAUUUUUCACCGAACGCGGCGUGCCUUAUCGUGAGGAGCCCGUGCCGGGGAUUUCGGGCGCGAAGAUGUUGCAGAGCAUGUCUGGGAACAUUUCUCUGUACUGCUGCAGUAUUUAUGAUUUGUCCAGUGCAAUUGUUGGCAAAUUUGAUGGGGUUUGGGACAGAGGAGCUCUAGUAGCUGUCAAUCCAUGCGACAGACAACGCUAUGCCAGUUUGAUGAUCUCCCUAAUGGAGAAAAGCUCUUCUUAUCUCCUCGUUACUGUUUCAUAUGAUCCAAACAAACACAAAGGCCCACCAUUUUAUGUUCCUGAAACUGAAAUUAAAAGCUUGUUUGGCAAACUGUGUGAAAUUAAGUGUCUUGAAAAAGCCAACGACUUUUCAGACAGACACAGAGAAUGGGGACUAGAUUAUUUUCUGGAGGUGCUGUAUAUUCUCAAGUUUGUAGCCUGAUGAAAUUAAUUAAAAUAACUUACUUCUCACCUUUC